AUGCCUCAUCUCUGUCACACUACUGUACCAUUAUUGGCUGGCAUUCAUGAACAUAAUGUGGUUUUUGUCAUAUAUACUUCAGAAUGCAAUCCUUGCAAUCCAUGUAUCAUGAAAGAACUUCUUAUAAGAACUCUAUAUUCACUGGGUAGCAGACUAAUGGAUUCCAUGUUCAAUAUCAUCUGGUGUUCCAGCAAGGUAUUCAAGUGGCAGAAUGAAUUGGUAGAAUGUUCCCUCACCAACAUCAUGGAUGCAGCUUCUUGGAUCAGAACUCUGCAGAUGAAUAGCAAGGGAAAAGCCAAUGCCUGGAAUGCCAUUGAAGAAGCAAUAGAAAAUCCCAGCUGCCAAGCAAUAUAUCUGUUCACCAGUGGAUUGGCUGAAGGCUCUGUGGAAGAAAUCUGUAGCCACCUUAAAGACACAAAACAAUCGUGUCCAGUGCAUAUUGUGCAAUUGAUAGAAAAUAGAGACAGCAAUAAAAUUAGCGGUCAAAAGCUAUUGGAGAAAGUAGCCAAGAUGUCUGGUGGUACUCUCCAAGCAAUUGAUGGAGCUUCCUGUGAGGAUAAGACUGGUUGUAAUUUAGGUUUUCAUCAUCCUGGUAACGUCAGCAAUCAUCUCGGCUUCCCUCCGCUGACGGAUCAUUGCACAAAACUGUUUCCUUUGGGUGCGUGGGCUCCAGAUACUUGUAACACAUGUCUAAGAAGUUCCAUACAAGAGAAUUUAGGGGACUGUACCACAAACAGCCAUCAUUUGCUGAGGGGGACACGAGUUCUUGCCAGAAAACAGACAGAUGGCUAUUACUAUCUCAGUCACAUUGUCCAAAAGGUGAAGAAUUCCAAUGAACAUGUCCUAGUUGAGUUUGAAAGAUGCCAGCGAUCACGAAAAGGUAAGGCUCCAUUUCGAAGACAAGAAACACCUCUCUAUGACAUCAUCCAUUAUGAUGAUGCCAGGUGGCAGCCAUUAUCUGCAGGAGAUGGGACCCUUGCUCCAUGGGACAAGAACGGCAAACGAUAUGGCCCAGGCAUCGUUCUCCAAGUAGCAGAAAGUUCAGAUUAUUCAGCUUUCCAACAUAGCGAAGUGCUGAUUAACUUCUGGAAUGGCCGGACCAAGACAAUAUCAGCAGAUGUUGCUGUGAGGAUCUCUCUUCCGUUAUAUGAGCGCAUUGUUCUUGAGCUUCAGAUGCCAUUGAGAGCCAGGCAGAUGUUGGUGGAGCAGAAUCCAGAUUAUCCUUCUGUUGUGCCACCUGGAUACCGGGCUUCUGGAGCUUGCAGGCAUAAGCAUUUAACUUGGAUGCCUUGGCCUCAGACUCAAAAAACCCAUUGUAAUGGAGUCUGCGGGAGCAAUACCCAUUUCCUUCCUUGGUCUUUCUGCUGCCCACUACAGAAUCAUAGUACAUCUUCAACAAGUUCAACAUGGGCAGAUGAUACUUGGAUAGCAAAAGUCAGCUCAUCAAAAGAGGAGCUGAGCAAGAAGUUAGAAGACCAACUUUCAAUAGGCAGACCUCCCACUUUGGAAAGUGAUAAGGAUGCAAAAAGAGAUUGCAGCAAACUAAAGAAGGAAACAAAUUUAGCAGAUGCCAAAUCUUGGGAAGAGAAUGAAACCAAAGUUGCAGAACCCAGUGAGGAUCAGAAAGUGAUGGAUUCAGAAGAUACAACAAACAAUACUGGAACCAUGGUUGAUAUAACGACCAAUGCAGUUUUUUUACAACCCAACUUGAGUGGAUCUUCAACCCAGCUUUCCCAAAGAAAUGCUUCUCAGAAAACUUACUUGGCCAACAAUUCCAAACUCCAAGCAAAGCUUGACUGGGUGGACAAGUCACUGAAGAAAGAUCGUGUAGCUAUUGAAUCUGUUUUGCACAUGAGAAGGAGCUACAGUGCACCACCAUCUGGACAGAAAUUACUGGAGAAGGAAGCCCCUUGGGAUAGUCCCAGAGAAGUGGAUGCCAACCCAGUUAAGAUAGACUUCAAACGGCAGAAGUGGGAGCAGAGACAGCUUAGGAAAGAGCAACAACAACAGGAAAUCCAUCUCAAAAGAGAGAUGCGGAUUGAAAAUAAGAGGCAGCAAUCUCUCCAGCGGACAUUGCAAGGCUCACAAAGGCUUCAGGAGCAGAGUGACAGAGCUGAGCGGCAUCUGGAGCAGCUCCGAGGGGCAAAGACAGAGAGAAGAAGGCAGGAAUCCCAUUUUCAGGAAGAAGAAGGAAAGAAAGAAAACCAAAGGAGAGAAUUCUUAAAGGCACAGCACAAGCAGAGAGAGAAGCAGCUGGCAAAACAUAAUCGAAUGAUUGAUGGUCAGGAAAAAAAGAGGCUGGCACUUCUCAGGAACAGAAAAGAAGUCAGGCAAAAGAAUGCAGAAAUUGCCCUGAAGGAACAGAUUGCAGAAAAUAAGAAAAAGGAAGCUGUCAAAUGCCAGUUGUCCCAUAAGCGAGAGCAGGUUUUACAGAAUAAAGAAAAGGAGAUGCAGAUGAAGAAAGGACUCCUACAGUAUCUCAGGGAACAUGAUCUCUUAUUGCUCCGUGCUUCUAUGCUACCAUAGAAUAAACCAAUUUCUGCAACUAAGGUACUAAAAGUGUUCACAGACAAUGCAUUGUGAAAUAGUUCUGAGUCUGAAGCUGAUGCUUAAGAACUGGAGAGGAUGUAUCAAAUGAUCAUUGCUUUUCACCCCAAUUUUAAUUUUCUGGUUCAUCUUAGUUAUUUUCAAGCCACUUUUUUUUCUGAUUUUCAUAUUUCAUUUCAAUUUUGCUUCAGCUUACUUCUUGAAAAACUGCAAAACUUCCUGCUCUUUCCAAUACCACCCGAAGCACCUUUGAAAUACAUAUUAAAUUUAGGAAGUAGAAUAGCACCAACCUCUUGAAAUUUAGUCUUGUCUACAAAUGUAUCCCAAUAUAAAAAUAAAUUCUUCAGAUGUA